CUUACGGUUUGUGUUUCUUUUUUGCCCUUUUAACAUUACUCUCUUGUCCAAUAACAGUCACUGUCGCAGAAAGACGCAGAUGCGAGGGGAGACGAGUGGCAGUGUCAUGGCGCGACUCCCACUCAAGGCCAAUUUUAGCAGUGAAAUAUGGGAAUGGCAAGGAGUCGAGUACUGUCUGCCCAGACAUUCACAAAAUGAAUUCUCUCACUUAUUCUGGGAUGAAGUAAGCCAAAAUGAGGAUCAUUUGUUUUGCAAUCUGAACGAGCAUACUCCCAUAAAAAAAUGUUCAAAUCUGGGCCACCAAAUUACUGAUGUCAGAGAUGCCACCACCAAAGGGUUAGAGGAAUGUAGGGAACCCCUGCAGCUUAAAAGGUGGCGCACACUGCAGUUCACAUCUGAUAGUACUGAGGUUGCAAAUGAGCAAAUGAACUCUGCUUUUUUGACAUCUAAGGUCCAUUUGUGUGAAGUCACCCUGCUGAGUAAACUGCAUCAUUACUUUUGUUGGCUUGUUUGUUUUUUUGGUACAGGUGAUGGAGUGUUCAAAUGGUGGAAGACGGGGUUUCAAAAAGCUUAGAGUGCAGUACUUUGGGCUUCUCUGAUGAUAGGUCAGCCUUUAAUUGUGGAGGGUUGGAUCAGUCAUCAGAUGAGUGGCUAGCAGAUUUCUUGAAUGAUAGCGAGAUACAAUGCAGCCCUGAUGAAAUGAAGAAUAUUGUGGUCUUUCAACUAGUUGAUGUUACGGAGUACUACCAUAAUUCACCUUCCAUGGAAACUGAUAUGGUGCCAGAGACUCCGGCUCCAGUGCAUCUGAAUGUUUUUCAAGGCAAGAAGUCUUACGUUAAAAUUCCAAGGAAGUUGAAUACCUCAAUUGCUUAUCCUUUUGCUCUCAUUGAACCUUGUGGAGUUCACAGUGAUGUCACUUUGAAUGACAUAAAUCAACGAAUUCAUGCUGCGCCACCAUCAAGAUUGAAGCAUAAGAAGCAUGAGGAUCCAUCCAUUUUUAAUCCCACAUCAGCUUUUUCUGGGAAGCCUGUAAUUGUCAAAACAAAAGUUCGCACCGAAGGGGGACAAUGUAGUAUUACAGUCAUGAGAACAAAAGGUUGAGUAAAUAAGACUUCUUAAAUAUUUUGUCUCUAGCCUCAUACAGAUCACCUUAUGAUGAUCUGCACAUUGAGCUGUGGCUAUAUACUGUAGAGAUACUAAGGCAUUUGCAAUCUUCUUGUGAUGUUGAAUACAUGUUGGAUUUUGUUCA